AUGAAUAGUAUAAUUAUAAUCAUUCGAACAACAUUUUACCAUUUACGACAUCAACGAAAAACAACAACUCCCCGUGUAGUUCAAUCCUGUCAGCCUCAUUUAUUCCAUAAAAACCCUCAUAUUAAGGCAAUUAAAAGUUACUUCGUAGUUUACACUCCGCCAUCUCACUCAACAUCACAUCAAACACGAACAUUCACCACCACUCUGCAGUUCACCUCCCUUCAUCACCCUCAUAUAACUCAACACACUCCACCGUCUCACUCAACAUCACAUCAAACACGAACAUUCCUCAGGAAACUACAGUUCACCUCUCUUCAUCACCCUCACACAACGCACAACACUCCACCAUCUCACUCAACAUCACAUCAAACACGAGCAUUCACCAAGACACCGCAGUUCACCUCUCUUCAUCACCCUCCCACAGCUCAACAAACUCCACCAUCUCACUCAACAUCACAUCAAACACAACCAUUACUCAGGAAACUGCAGUUCACCUCUCUUCAUCACCCUCACACAACUCAACAAACUCCACCAUCUCACUCAACAUCACAUCAAACACAAACAUUCACCAUCACUCUGCAGUUCACCUCUCUUCAUCACCCUCACACAACUCAACAUACUCCACCAUCUCACUCAACAUCACAUCAAACACGAACAUUCACCAGCACUCUGCAGUUCACCUCUCUUCAUCACCCUCACACAACUCAACACACUCCACCAUCUUACUCAACAUCACAUCAAACACAAACAUUCACCAUCACUCUGCAGUUCACCGCUCUUCAUCAUCCUCACACAACUCAACACACUCCACCAUCUCACUCAGCAUCACAUCAAACACAAACAUUCACCAUCACUCUGCAGUUCACCUCUCUUCAUCACCCUCACACAACUCAACAAACUC